AGCAAGAAGAAGAACUUGAAAUAAUAAAUGAGCCCAAAAAAUCGAGCAAUUUGUAAUAGCUUUGGCUUCUCCUUUAGCCCAUUUAUUAAAAAAAUCUCAAAAUCAAAGGAGAAUGCCAAAGGAAGAAGAUGAAGAAUUGGCUAUGGAGAUCAAUUACUUGAAAAAAGAAUUGGAAAUUUCUCUACAAAAAUCAAAUUUUCUCGAGAAUGAAAAUCAAGAACUCAGACAAGAAUUGGGUCGAUUGAAAUCCCAGAUUCAGUCUUUGAAAGCUCACAACAAUGAGAGAAAAUCCAUUCUCUGGAAGAAAUUUCAUUCUUCCAUGGACGUCGCCGUCGCCGGAGCUGACUCGCGGCCGCCUAGUCCGGCAGCGGCGGCGGGAGAGAAACGGGAGACGACCAAAUCGCAGAAACAGAGUAGUUGGGGUGAUGUGAAAGAGAAUCAGAGAAUGAUGGUGGCACCGGCAUUGGCGCCGCCGCCUCCGCCGCCACUUCCGACGAAGCUGCUCGGAGGAUCAAAGGCAGUGAGGCGAGUUCCGGAAGUGUUGGAGUUGUACCGUACGCUGACGAAAAGGGAUGCACAGAAGGAAAAUAAGGCCACACACGGCGGAGUUCCGACGGUGGCGUUCACCAAAAACAUGAUUGGCGAAAUCGAAAACCGAUCAGCCUAUCUAUCGGCGAUAAAAUCAGAAGUGGAAACACAUGGAGAGUUUGUGAACUGGUUGAUCAAAGAAGUAGAAGCUGCAGCACCAAGAGACAUAUCAGAGGUGGAGAGGUUUGUGAAGUGGGUGGACGUGAAGUUGGGGUCGCUGGUGGACGAGAGGGCAGUGUUGAAGCACUUCCCGCGGUGGCCAGAGGCGAAAGCGGAUGCAUUGCGGGAGGCGGCAUUCAGCUAUAGAGACCUGAAGAGGCUGGAGAAUGAAGUGUGUAUGUUUAGAGACAAUGCAAAGGAGGAGGUGAAUGUUGUGUUGAAGAGAGCUCAAGCAUUGCAAGACAGGGUGGAGCAGAGUGUGAGCAACCUGGAGAAGACCAGGGAGUUCAAUUCUAAGAAGUAUCAACGUUUUCAAAUCCCCUCACAAUGGAUGUUUGAUUCCGCUUUGCCGGCUCAGAUGAAGUUGAGCUCAUUGAGGCUGGGAAAGGAAUGCAUGCUAAGGAUAACAAGAGAAAUUCGAUCAAUCGAAACCCCACAAGCAGAAAACCUUUUCCUUCAAGGGGUUCGCUUCGCUUACAGGGUCCAUCAGUUUGCAGGUGGUUUCGAUUCGGAGGCUACAGUGGUUUUUGAAGAACUGAAGAAAGCUGGGCUGAGCAGUCAAAGAAAAUAGGAUCUUAUGAUAAAUUAUAGAGAAUGAAUCUUUUAUCAGCUGUUGCCAACUCCAAUGGAGCACAUUCAGCUAGAUGAUGUAAUACAAAUGCUUGAAUGGGUGUUCUAUAUAUACAUAAUCAUCAAUUCUAUUGCAGUUUAUAUAAACCAUAGCAAGGACAGGGCGGAUCGGCAUAACUAGACUUGGCUCUAUCAAAAAGAAGUAAUUAAACACCUAGAGAAACCAUUCAAUGGGUCCUAACCAAAACAUGAAGAGGCAAGUUUUCAUUAGAACAAAGUUCUAGAUUAUUCUAUAAUGUGGUAUUGGGAUUCAACCCCCAAAUAUCCAAGCAUCCUAAUGCCUAUUUUCUUUUAGGAUCUGUUUGGAAGGCUGUAAUGGGUUUGUAAUGAGUUGUAAUUCCAAGCCUACGUUUAGAUUGAGGGGGCUUUGGGCCUGGUUUUCAUGUAAUCACUAUUACAUUCCCCUAUGUUUUGAAUCCAACCCUCUUUUUCACUC